CAUGCCUGCAAAUCACUGGGAGAUGCGCCGGAGUGAGGGCUGCCCACAAAAACCCAAAUAUCUCCAUAACCUGGACAUGUUACCCUAAAUACCACCUAUGUAUGGGAGGAUGAAGUAUUAAAGUCCACCUAGGGGAGAGAAGCAAGGGGCCCAGAGGUUUAGAUCAGAGAGAAAUAAAGGGUUGAAAGAGUGGAGAGGGACGAGUCAAGGGGCGGGUUGGGCUUUUACACUAAGGGCUUCCCAUUAUUGGUGCGCGGCCGCCAUUCCCCAGCCCUAGCCAGCAGCCCAACCCUACAUACCUAAAUAGCCUCUUCUCGCCUCCACCCGCCACCCAGAGUACCCCGUGCAGGCUCUAGGCGGCCUAAAAAUGCUCCAGGAUAAGGGGAGAGGGACCCCAGUGUGGUAGCCAUGAUGCAGGAGAGCCCCCGCCUGCCUCCUCUCCUUUCCCCCGCCUGGGCCCAGCCACCACUACCGAGUGUGGGCGGCAGCCGUCAGGGGGCGGGCAAGCGGGCGCGAGGGGCAGAGAUCCUCAACGGCCACCAUGGAAGGCCGCCCCGCCCCAAUGGUGGCCAUCCUCUACAACAAACCCCUCGGGAAGGCCAGCAGCAGGUUCCUCAAGCUCCCCAGGCUCCCCACGCUCCCCAUACCCUGCCUCUGGCCCCACAGUCCCCCUCCUUGCCCCCUCACUCCCCCCACACACCCCUCAAAGAUGGGCCCAAGGCACAAGUCAACCCCAAGAGGCUUGGCAGCACGGCUACUCCCGUCACCACGCCCCCGUCCCCAGCCUCCUCUGGGGCCCUGCAGCCUAGCCGGGGCCGAGAGCGGUGGGGGGGCUUGCUGGGGAGCUCCCUGGGCUCACAGCAGCGAGGGGGACAGGCAGACUCCUCCAAGCAAAACUGUGCCAACUCCACUCCUCUUCAAACUUCAGAGCUCAGGAGCUCCGGCUUUGACAUGACAAAACUUUACCCCGAGCUGUCAGCCAAACUGGGCCUGACCAAGCAAGGGCCAGGCGAAGGGACAAGCAUCCACAAGAAUGGUAUCACCCUACGAGAGAACCUGGCGCCAGGAUCUCUCAAGAAGCUGGAGACUGUGACCGAUGACUCCAGGAUCAAGGUGGUGUCCACGGGUCAGAUCUUCAACAACACCAAGGGCCUGGUGACUGCCAAGCUGGGCAGUGGAGUGCCAAAUAGCAAGGCUGGAGGGACCGCCAAGGCCUCCUCUAGGUCAAGGAUUAAGUGUGGGGAGCGAGGACAGAGGCGGGGCAGCCACGGACGAUCGGGAGUGCGGCCGGAAGUUGGGGGUGGCCACGGACAGUCCUCUGCGCCUGUGAAGGGACCAAGCAUAGCCAGGAGUGCUGGCAGUCUUAAAAGUAACAGUAAUAGCAGCAGUGCUCCAAACAGCAGUAGUAUAUUGGAGGAACAGCUGAGAGGAGGAGGCGGCAGUCAGCGACACAUGGCAGCGCCUGGCGCUGGCCUCCACCACCACCACAACCACCACCACCACAAUCACAAUCAUCACCACCACCAUCACCACCACCACCACUCAAGGCUACCUCAACCAGCCACCACCAGGCCUGUUCCUCUCACUUCACCUCCCUCCACCACAGCAACCACCACCACCCACCUGGCUGCCUUGUCCUCCCAGGAGCCUCGGGUGGUGACGCUGCCCCCCCGUCAGCCCCCACAGUCCUUCCUCUCCAGUGCAGCUGCUGCCUCCCUCCCCCAACCUCUCUUACGGGUCCAUGCUCUUCGGGAAAAACAUUACGCUUAUAAAUCCGAUCUCUUUCCCUUAGGCAUUGAGACGAGUGAGGAGAGUGAGAGCAGCGAUGCUGAGGAGCUGUGUGGGAGUCAGCAGGGCUGGCUAGACCCAACGGAUGGUGCCCACCUCACAUACCAAAGCUGGGAGCCGAGCUGGACUCACCCCAACAACCUGCCUCACUUGCCCCGUCUCUCCUCUAACCCUACCGUCUGCCAGCGCUCCGUCACCCUGGCUCUCGCCCUCGCCUCCUGCAGGAGACAGGUGUCAGCAUCUCGGAUGAGGAGUGGCAUGCGGUCGCGGGAGGUGGCCAGACUUGGAGUUCUCACACGGUUGCUGCUGGAGACAGCUCGCACCCACCCUCGCCUCACUGCUGCCGCCUGUUGCCUCUAUCGCCCCUCCCAGGCACACCAGGAAUCUCCAAAAGUUAAAUCUAGGUUUAUGUCCUCGGUGCUGGUGCGUCGACCGUGCGUGUACAGGGAUGGGGAGUGCCGGGAGCCGUCCCUGCCUGGCACUCGCCACUGCAUGCACCACAUCAUGUACAAUGUGGACCAGCAGUUGUUCACCCACUGCACUGCACGCCACCCGGACAACACACUCUGCCGGGUACCCGUGUUUGAUGUGUCCCAUGAGCUUCCACUGUGUUACAAGCACAGCAAAACACAGGAAAAUGUAGCCAAAACUCCAACUGAUGAAACCUCAAAGCCCAAGAGAUCUCGUAAGAAGAACAAGAUGCCGAUUCUCUCGAGGUACGGCAAAAGAAGCAAGAAGCGGCGGAGAUCCUCCAACUCCUCGUCCUCUGUGAUCCCCUCGACCAGCGUGCGGCCACCCAUGGCCAGCCAAUCAUCCCUGUCCUCGCCUCAGCCCUCACCCACGACACCGCAGACCUCACCGCACUUCUCCACUGCCUCCUGCACGGACUCUGUGGCUGAGGUGGAUGAGGAGAGUGAGUUAGAGGAGGACAUGGAAGGAAUGGUGGAGGGUCUGGACGCUGCCUCUCGUCUCCUUGACCCACGAGACCUGCAGGAUGUCCUCAACCGCAUCCCUGACCAUGAAUUGACACAGCUCUUUGAUGCUCCAGAGGCCAAAACGAGCGACUUCUCUGAGGAGAAAGUUGAGAUUGUGGGGGAGCAGAGGGGCACUGGUCGAGGCGAAGGCCGUCAUGACUCAGGGAGGUCCCCAGUGUCUGCCCACAGCCCCUCCCCUUGCCCUGCUACCCUCACUCCAGCACCCACCCCCACAGCUGCCUCAUCCUCCACCCCUCCGCUCAACGAGGAAGGCACAACACUCAGUCUAGAUGAGUCGACCUUCAAUGAGCUGGUGGCCAGCAACAUCCCCAUUGACUCCAUUAUCUCCUCCUCCUUCAAUCAGCAGGAACUCAACACCAUCUCCCAGGCACUCUCCAACAUCGUACAGGAGAGCAACCUCAACCUCCCGGGCUUUGACCUUCCGACAUCCUCUAGUAGCUCCUUCACGCAGUCUGAGGCUGUUGGGGCUGGCCAGGUGGGGGAUGUGAGUGACAGCUCCCUCAUGUCUCAAGGGAGUGAUGUGGGGGUGGGGCAGGCUGGUGUGGACUUGACUGACUCUAGCCACCUAGGAGGGGAGUGCAAAGUGAACCUUGGGGGUCAGCGGGCUGGAAGCUUGGUAGGGGCUGAGACUUCCACACUCUCUCCCCUCAAGUAGGCUCUGUAGAAUGCUGUUUGGGCUACAGUUUGCCUCCUGGGGAAGACUUGAGUGUUGGAGAUACAUACAUAUACUACGAGAUCAGGUUUCAUUCGAUUGAUUAACGUUUUACUGAUGUUAAGGCUUUUUUGUACAGAAACUUUAAAUUUCACAUGGCGAUUUUACUACUAGCAGUAUUUUUUCAACUUGGGUGUAAGUGUCAGUGCUACUGCUGCUGCCAAGAGUGAAGGGGCAAGAGUGGCAUUGGUCAGGACUGGUCUGUUGAGUUCACUAGUGUCUGAGUCCUGUGUUUCUGUCACGCCUGAAGAACCUCUGCUGGAGUCGUUCUCUCUGUGUCCAGGAGCUGUCAGUCAUGCAGAACUGUGUAGUAGGAGGACAUCUUUUAUGGUUGAGAUGUAAUUCAUUGCCAGAAGUUUACUGCAAUCUUGCAUUUUUUGGUAUACAUUUGUUGUUAUGAAUUCUGACGCUGUUAUUUAUUAUUAACGAUUAACAGUAACCAGUUAUUGUUCUCGACUUGAUUCUUUCAUUCACAUGGUGAUGAAGCAAUUGAGUUAUCUUUCCUGUCAUAUGAGCUAAGCAAGGGGGUUUUACACAUAGUCACAAACGAUCAACUGAGUAGAUGGUGUUUGAUUUAACAGUAUUCAUGCUUCACUCAUAUGGGAAUUUUGUGUAGUUUUGAUGUUUCAUAGCAUUUUAGUUAUUUCACGUCCAUCUCAGCAAGCUAACAGACUUGCUCUUGCUGUUGAUUAACUUUCUAAAGGGUCAUUAUCCCCCUGAGGAUUGGAUUUUGCUCUAACACUCCUUCUGCACCCCUGCAUUUGGUUACACAAGGACACACUCAUUUGGUUCACUGAUCACUGACAUGGUGAGCAGGUGAUGCAUGUUCUAAGCCAGCAUGACUUCCUAAUUUCAACACUAGUAGGCGUUUGUAAUACCGUAUGGUCUAUUUUACUGGCAUACUUGGCUAGAGAGUAAGAGCGCAGCUGAUCAAGAGUUGGCACUCUGUUGUUUGCAAGUCUGUUCUCCUUCCCUCUUCCUAUCUCUUCCUGUCUGGUGCACUAAAGAGAGCACAAAGGUAGUGUUUGGGAAGGGAAGUGUACUGUGCUAGUGUGACGUAUGCUGUGUGUGUGUAUGUGUGAGCAUGUGAUUAUGAUUAUCAAAGCCUUCAGCACGCGUUCUUUUGAGUUAGAUUUUAACCGUCUAAUUUAUUCAGUAUUCUCUUGCUGGCAAUCACUUGUCAAGGUCUCUUAAACAUAAUUGUUGAGAGGAUCUUGUACAUUGAAGUCUGAAUGUGAGAGUGGUGAGAGUGAGUGGCAUGGAUCUUUGGUGGCAGUGGUGAGUGCAGGUGUGAGAGAGAUGAUCCUCCAACGAGAGGUUAUGCGUGUGUAUGUUGUCGUAAAAAAAAGUAUGAGCAUUAAAGGAUUCCAGUGUAUUUUGGAGGAGAUAUUCAGCCGUAGUUCAUUUCAUUCAUAGCACAUCACCCCAUCUUCAAUAUUGUUUCCAUUCACAUGAUUUAUUUUCCACUGUAUACUCUUACAUUAUUAUGCGUGUAUGCUUAGUUUGUAAUGGCCAGCAAAACCGAUCUUAUGAAAACUAGUCUGUUCUGUGAUUUUUUUCUAUGUAAACAUCACUAUCUGUGUUGGGUACAAAGAGAGUGGGGUGUGCUGGGAAUGUUUUGGUUUUCCAGCCAUCAUCAGCCUGUCAUUGUUUCGCCAUUCCUGUUAAUUAGAUGCACUGCGCAUUUGUGUGUGUGUGUGUGUGUGUGUGUGUGUGUGUGUGAGAGAGAGAGAGAGAGAGAGAGAGAGAGAGAGAGAGAGAGAGAGAGAGAGAGAGAGAGAGAGAGAGAGAGAGAGAGAGAGAGAGAGAGGAAGAGAAAGUGAGUGUGUCUUGUGUGUGGAUAACUUGUACUCUGUAGGAUAAAGGUGGAUAGGGUAACAUUUAUUUUUGUUAUUAUACUACAUACACUUGCAUUCUCGUCUGCUACUUUUAAUUCAUUAUUUAUUGAGCUGUUCUCUUCUGUGCGUGGAGGUAUUUAGUGCAUACCUAAAGGAAAGGGUGUAAUUGUUUUCUCAUACUGGCAAUGAUAAACACGUAAAGACACAACGUGAUUUCUAAUCAAAGGAGAAUACAAGACCAGGUUAGCAAAAAAAAAAUAACAAAAAACCAAAAAACAAAAAACAAAAAAAAAAAAAGAAAAUAUUUCCAUCAUGAGGUUCAUUUCUUUAUUAUUAUUAUUAUUAUUAUUAUUAUUAUUAUUAUUAUUAUUAUUAUUAUUAUUAUUAUUAUUAUUAUUAUUAUUAUUGUUUACCUUGCUUGUUGAUGUUACUAGGUGAAUGCUUCUUGUUGCAGUUUAGACUUAACCUCACCUUCACCCUCUCUUAACCAUUCCUCAACCCUUGCAGUGUUGUGGCUUUGCUUGGUUGGUGUUUCUGGCCCCAUUGUAGCUUUUGGAGGUUUGGAAAAUAACAAAACCUAGCUUUUUGCUUUUCCAAGUUCAUGCUACACUCCAUUCUUUCACCAGGGUCUUUCAUUUUUCUCUCCACCCCCUUCAUUCCUCAGAAAUAAAAGGAAAUACAAUGUUGUCCUUCACAGUUGGUUUCUUCCUACUUGCUGGUUGCUGCCACAACACAGUGCAGCGGAGGGUGGUUGCCGUCCCCGCCACUGUGUUGUGGAACCAUUGAAUCUUAUUGGUGCUAAACACAGUCUGGCUUCUUGUUCUUACCAGUGAAAUUGCAUGAGCUGUUGUUGCAAGUAUCUUGGCAGUUGAUGCCUUAAGAGUGCAUGGAUGUUUCAUGGUUUUGUAGAGUCUUGCAGGUCUUCUGUACAACACAGUGCUCAAGCUGGAACCAAGAGGAUUUUAGCUUCACAUCAUUGAGAAAUAACAGUGUUCAGAGCUUGAUGCCAGCCUUGAAAUUCUAGUUUCAGUAGAGCCUCGCUAAGUAUGUAGAAGGGAAGGGGUGAUGGAAUCCAAGAAAAUCAUAUUCUACUUCUUUGUCAUUAAUGAAAUCAUGUUAAUUACAACAAAUAAUUUAGCUCGUUGAAAUAGAGGAAAAAAGUAAAUAUGAAAUAAGUUUAUAUUCAUGAUGAGAAUAUCUAUAGAUUUGCACAGACUGGACUCCUUACCCUAAAGCUCCGGGGAAUGUGGUGGCUCUUGAUGACACUGUACUGAUGUAUGCAGUACAGUAUGUAUAUGGAAAUGUAAUGUCUUCAGUUGAUUUAUUAUUAAUGUUAGAGAUAAAUGGCAAUUAAAGUACUGUAGGUUUUGUGGAGAGUAAGACUUAGUGGAAUUUCUUGGCAGCCAUCAGGUAAUUCAGAUUUGUGUCUUGGAAUGCUAAGGUGGGGAAUCUGUAAUUGCAUAAUUCCCGUACACUUUGAAUCUGAUGUUGAAAAUGUUAUUGUACAUGUAUUUUAUCUUCAUUUUCAUAUGGUAGUGAAGUGUGGAAUAUGUAGAGGUGGCAAGGAGACUGCUGCCUCACUUGGCAAUCGCAUGAUAGAAGGAACACGAGGCAGAACGCUGAAAACAAGCCAUGUCUGCUUCAACCCUCGGUCUGUAUUGCAGACUUAGGAAUUAAAACAAACAAGAGAAAAACAAACAAACAAAUAUAAAAUCACCCAAGUGUCCCUGAUUCUGCAGAAAUAUAUCUGACUUGAUAGAUUUUAUUCUGUGGAUGAAAUAUUUUGAUUUGAACAAAAGUUACGUUGGGUGUUGCGUCACGCUGAUGGUCAGGCGUGCUGAGGUUCACACCAGUGCCUCACUUUCAUGAAUCAUCCUCAUAGCUAUUCAUAAAUUUUCCUGUACUAUUUCCUUGAAAAGAAAUUGUGGUCUACAUACAUACACUCAGUAAUUCUGUCUGUAAGAAAUGAGCUUCUAGUUUAUUAUUAUUGCAUUUUUCUGUCAGUAGUAAGAUGGUUUUAUACAAUUAAUAGUAGCAAGAAAAGGAAAGGAGCAUAAGUGUCGUGUAUAAUUUCAUAGUUUGUCCCCAGCAUGUAACCUAUAAUGAGAUGACGUGGUGGUGGUCUAUCAGUGUAGUGCAGUGCAGCCUCUCAGCCAGGCCAGGCCAGGCACGAGGUUUGUGCUGGAGAGUCGUAGUUCAAGUAAACCUUUAAGGGCAUUGCAUAUGACAGUCUUGUGGUUGGUCUGUUGCUGCAAGAGAUGUAGUGGCUCGGAACGGACAGUGGCCUGGCAUUGCAGUUUCCUUUUAUGAAAAGAUGUGAUUAUUUGCAGCAUUUCAUCACAAUUUGGUUUAUUGCAAGGAGGCCAAAUGUCUGAUGUGCUGCAGUGGUGUACAGUACUGAAAGCAGGUCCAUCAUCAGGGAGUGUGAUUAAAUAGUGUUGUGUGCAGGAGGAACAAAAACAUGGGCAUUAAGGUAUGACAGUCGUGGCAGUUUGGGUAGAAGAAGCUAGCUCAUCCAUUAACCUAAUAUUGCACACUCCAGUAUAUAUAUUUUUCAAACUCCUGAUUAGCGUAGUCACUGUUUAUCAUUAACUCGUUUGUUGUAUUCCUUUUCCGUCAAUGCAAGCACUCAGUUCUUCCUUCCUCAACCCAGUGUACGUAUACGUUGCGUUCAUCUCGGCCUUAGUGUGUACAUCCCGAUAAGUGUUUGUACGGUGUGCUUCCCGGCUAGAGACUUGACUUGUGUUGAAAUUUCCACCAUUCACUUAGUUUGAAAUGUCAUUCACUCACUCUAGAAACAAUGCCACAAAAUGGCGGCUGAAAUAUGUACUUACUUUUCAGUUCUUAUUGUAUUGAAUGGACGUGUCUCCCUCCUUCCCUCCCUGUCUCCCUUGUUACUCCUAUUGGCCUGUAUUAUACUUGCACUGUUCACACCACCACCAUAGUCAGAGAUGGUGAGCUAAGGUCAUGCAGAUAUUGGUAUAUGAUCUAUUCUUGCACCAUUCACAUCAUCAUAGUGAAAGCCAGCGGUUCAGGGUGAUGUACACAAACAAGCUAUGUGGAGGGAUGGAGCUGUAAGCCAGGAGUUCAUCGUGGCUAUAGUUGUAGGUCUCCCUUGGUGUUCUCUGUUAUCUUGGAGGUGUGUGUGUCUGUCAUCAGUGAGUGAAGGAAAUGUAGCAUACAUUUACAGUUGCUGUGUUUGCAUAAGUUGGUUGGAUGUCGAGUGCUGAGGUACCUUGACUCUCUCUCUCUUGUACUAAGGUGUUGGUAUUAGGGUUGGCCAUUGCCCUUGGUAUGGUAUAGAAAAGGAACAAGAGAGAGAAAGAAAGAGAAAUAGAGAGAGAAUGCUAGUUUGACGCUGGCUUAGUAUUUCUGUAGUAUUAAAUAUUCUCUUUCAUUUGUAAAUGGCCAGAUUAGAGAGCAAAAAGGAAAAAAAAAAAAGGUUAUAUUCAUUGGGUUAGUGGAGAUGUGUGGAGGCAACCCUUCUAUAUAUAUACAUAUAUAAAUAUACAUACUAUAUAUCCAUGAACAUUACAUAUACCACGUGACCUGACAUCCACUUCGUAUAUAGUUUUUUUGGUAUUAUUUUGAUAUGUCAGUAAUGAAUGAAGAAGCAGUUGUAUUUAUAUCUAGCAUUGGGGGCGGGAGACUAGUGUACAGUACUAGUGUCUGGCGCGGCGGCCUAGCGGGCUGCCCUCGGGUUCAUCACAAGCACGAGAGUUUGUUCGUACCGUACGUCGCUCCGUGAACUUCUCUCCCUUGACUCUUGAGGUUAAUAUAUCUUGGGUUCUGUAAGCUUUAUUACCUGUACCAUUAUUGUUAUUUUUUAUUAUUAUUCAUCAUUAUGUGAUGCCAGUAUUUUGUUAGUAAUGGUAUUCCUCGAUAUUGUGGAGCGCUAGCAGUGUGGGGGCGGCUUCCUGCCCCUCUCAGUGGGGGAUUUUAAAAUGCAUAAAAAAAACUAGGAAGAUUAACUGUCAAAUUAUGUGAGUUUUGAAGUAGUAAAAUUAUUUUUUGUAA